AUGGAUUUAGGUUUGGUGUGCUUUGAUGGUUCUAUGUGUUCGGAAACAAGUACUAAAAAUAGUAAUGAUUUUUCUUCAGAAAAUGCUACUGAGGCCAAGAACAGAAGGCAUGGAUCUGGAUUUCUCAAGCAGCAAAGGCUUGCUGCUGACACUGUAAAUCCAGAUGAUUAUAGGGAUCUUAAGGUGGCCAAAACUUAUAACAAUGAUGAUUUUUCAGCUGCUGCCUCUAGGGAUAUGCUGAUACAUCAGAAAAUUUCAUUUUUGGGAUCUAAUGGCAGCAAUUUCCCUCAAGGCCAGCAAAUGCUCAGCUUCUCUUCACCGAACUCCCAAACAUUGCCUUACUGUCAGCAGACAUCAUGUGCCUUGGGCAAAAACCCAGGCUUGAAUGGUGGUGGCAUGCAUGGAGUAAGAGGGUCGAUAACUCCAUCACAAUGGAUAGAGUUAGAACAUCAGGCCUUAAUCUACAAAUACAUAGCAGCAAAUGUGCCCAUUCCUUCUUAUCUUCUCAAUCCCAUAAGAAAAGCCCUUCAAUCUGCUGUUUGCUCAACCUUUCCUGGCCUAAGACCCAAUACUUUGGGGUGGGGCGGGACCUUCCAUUUGGGUUUUUCCAACACUGAUCCCGAGCCGGGAAGAUGCCGAAGGACUGAUGGGAAGAAAUGGCGGUGCGCGAAAGAUGCAGUUGCCGACCAGAAAUAUUGUGAACGGCAUAUGAACAGAGGCCGUCAUCGUUCAAGAAAGCCUGUGGAAGGCCAACCUGGCAGUUCCGUCUCUGGAGCGACCACCACAGUUACUGGCAAGCUGACACCAUUGGCUUCAUCCACAUCACCAUCAGUGGUGGCCGGAGGCGGUGUAUCCAACAGUUUCAGUCUCUCACAUGACCAUCAUCUCAAUAACUAUCAGCUUGGUUCGAGUAAUUCUUGGUCUGCAACCCCUCAAAUUAACAGGAAUUUUCUCGACAAUGAAAAUGCUGAUAAAGGAUAUCAGAAUACAAUGAGUCUAUCCAUGUUAUCUUCAGCAUCAAGUCUGAAAGAAAAUCAAUCUUCCACUGCUGAGCUGCAGAAUCCAUAUAAAGAAACUUCUCAAUCAGAGUUCAGAUUAGUCUGCUCCAGUUCUUUGCUCAGCCCUAUGAACGAGAGUUCUUUGCUUGUGAACUGCGGAAACUAUGGUAUGUGUAACAAUCUGGACGAUAAGGAAAGCAAAUCACAGCAUCCAUUUCGUCAGUUUACAGAUGACUGGGCGAAAAGCCAGACUGAACCCUCAGCUAUUUCAUGGGAUGAUGUUAGGACACAACUGUCAAUGUCUAUGCCCAUGGUCACCUCUGACUUCGUGUCCUCUACCUGGUCUCCAAAAAGUGAAAACCUCGAAGUCUCUUUAUUGAGAACGUCUCAGGACCUAAAAGCUACACAAAUGGGAUUGGGAGUCGGUACCACCGUUAGUGAACAAAGCCAUAGGCAAAUGAAUUGGAUCCCUAUUUUGUGGGACUCUUCUGGGGGUGGACCCCUCGGGGAGGUUUUGAAUAGCACUAAUAACAGCACGGGGGACUCCAAGAACACGACAGCUCUCGAACUUAUGAAAGAGGGCGGAUAUAGUAGCCCACUAUCUACGUCAUCUCCCACCGAGGUUUUACAAAGGGGAUCUGUUUCUAACAGUAGUGCAGGGGAGUAG